AUGGAUUCAGAAAGCUCGUAUACCACUGCCACUUCGGUAAGCUCGCUUAUUACAACUACCGCCCAGGAAUUUAAAAAAUGUUCUGAACUAGCAAAAACUCAGAGUCUUAUACAAAGUAUCGUUGAAGAAGUCGAAAACAACGCAGCUUUAUUUUGCAAGACAGUAACUCGUUCCUCGAUUGUGAGUCAACGUAUUGGAAUCAAAAGUCAUAAGGUGCUCGCAAAUAUUGAGCUACUGUGCAAUGAUGUUACGGAAUACAAAGAUGUGGUGAAAAUACUUUUGAACUUCGUGAGAGAUGACGAAAACGUUACUAACAGUCUCGAAAGAACAUUUAGAAAAAUCUAUGACAACUUGAAGGGUUGUUCGAAUCAUAUAAGGGACUCCCUGGAAACCCUUAACAAGAAACGGGAAGAGCUGAGACGCUUGCAACAACGUAAAAACAAGUCAGCUACAAAGCGGUUAUUUGGGUUGGGAUUUGGCAUAAUUUCUCUAGUAUAUAGCAUUUUAGGCUCUGAAGUGGUAUUUUCUGAUGCAACUGUGGAGAUAGAGAGUGUGAGUGCAGUUACGGGAAUGUUCGGCAUUAUGACAUUUGUUGGUGCGUCCGCGCGCAUCGAGCAGCUUAAGAAGGAAAUCCGCGAGUUGGAGACUCAAAUAAACAGCGAAAGAACAGUCAAAGCAUUACACGAGGCUUUGAAAAGUGCAACAAUUGGAGUUGGUCAAGUAAAAGAUUAUUGGCAAAAGCGCGGUUCUGAGGUUGAAGAAUUCUUUAGAGAGCUUGAUAAUUUUGGACAACGUGAACAACAUCUCAACGAACUGGAAGCGUGGCGUUUGAAAGCAAAAUGGGUAAAUUAUCAAGCGGAAUGUGAUAACUACGGAGAACAACUGUGGAAACAGAUGGAAGAACACGGCAAAAUUAUAACGUUCUGA